CCCCUUCUUCACCGGACGGGCCGAACAUGGGAAACUGUCCGAGCUAGUUAGAGGACACGUUCACGGGGGAGCUGUGCUAAAAUUGCCAGGUUGAGUCUCCAGCCACUCCAUUCACCUCCCACGGAAGGAACAGGAGCACAGUGGCGAUGCAGACCUUCCUGAAAGGCCGGAGAGUUGGCUACUGGCUCAGCGAGAAGAAGAUGAAGAAACUCAAUUUUCAAGCAUUUGCUGAUCUGUGCAGGAAAAGAGGAAUAGAAGUUGUUCAGCUGGACCUCAGCCAGCCUCUGGAGGAGCAGGGUCCCUUAGACGUCAUCAUCCACAAGCUGACUGACCUCAUCCUGGAGGCUGACCAGAAUGACUCGCAGGCUGUGCUGCUGGUGCAAAGAGUACAGGACUACAUUGAUGCCCACCCCGAGACCAUCAUCCUGGACCCCCUCCCAGCCAUCCGAACUCUGCUGGACCGCUGCAAGUCCUACCAGCUGAUCCACAGAAUAGAGAGCUGUAUGCAAGAUGACAGGAUUUGCUCUCCUCCGUUCAUGGUCCUGAACACAGAGUGCAGCCCCGAUGUGCUGGAGCACAUCAAGAGGCAAGGACUCACAUUCCCCUUCAUUUGCAAAACACGGGUGGCUCAUGGAACCAACUCCCACGAGAUGGCCAUCAUCUUCAGUGAAGAGGACCUGAAGGCCGUGAAGCCUCCUUGUGUAAUCCAGAGCUUCAUCAACCACAACGCAGUGCUCUACAAAGUGUUCGUGGUGGGAGACUCCUACACCGUGGUGGAGAGGCCUUCACUGAAGAACUUCCCCGCUGGAUCGGCAGACCGGAAAGCAAUUUUCUUUAACAGCCACAAUGUUUCAAAGCCGGAGUCGUCCUCCGACUUGACCACGAGAGAGAACGUAGAGGGAGAAUCUCAGCGACCCAGCGAUGAUGUCAUCAGAGAGCUGUCCAGGUCAUUGCGGCAGGCGCUGGGCGUGUCCCUGUUUGGCAUCGACGUCAUCAUCAACAACCAAACGGGCCAACACGCCGUCAUCGACAUCAAUGCAUUCCCUGGCUAUGAAGGCGUCCCGGAGUUUUUCAAUGACCUCCUGAACCACAUCACCAGCGUGCUCCAGAGCCACAACCCGGACUUCGCCCCCGCCAGCGAGCAGCCCAAAGUCCUGCCGGUGAGCAGCGCUCUAACCACCGCCGCCCCGCCGGCCCCCGGCUGCUGCAGCAUGCUGGGAAAAGAGGCCGGCGGCAGCCCCUGGAUCGUGGAGGGCGACGGCGGGCUGAAGGGCCCCCGCCAGAGACUGGGCUGCAACUCCGCCAUGUCCCCCAACUUCCAGCAGCACUGCGUCUCCACAAUAGCGACCAAGGCUUCCUCCCAGUGACUGAGGCCCCGCCCCCACUCCGUUUGAUCCCUGAACAUAAAACGGAUGACAAUGGUGACGAUAAUAAUUAAUAAUAAUCAUAAUAAUUAUGAUCACGAUGAUAAUAUAUCUAAUCAAAAAACAAACCUUUUCCUAUAUAGUUAUUGAAAAUGAUGGUGAUUGAGUGUAAGCUUUUUUCUCUCUGCCUUUUUGUAUUUGUGUUUCGUCUGAUGAGACUUAACAGUACUGUAAUGUGAACUUUUGGGAACUUUUGCCUCAUAGCUGAUUUUUAUUUUUCUCCUGUGUGAGCUCUCUGUAACAAAAGGGUCCAGAUGAGGGAGCUAAUGGGAAUGGCUGAAUCGGGACUGGAGAGAUGUGCCACUAGACGUGCAAUGUAUGAUCCCUUGUAUCUCUCACACACACAUUGACACAUUCACACAGACACUUGGGUACGUUGACAUGGCGACGGACCGUGCCGGUGAUGUGUGUUUGUCUUCUGAUCAAAACCACGGACUCCUCAGCACAAAGUGACGAGGAGACGAGGUGGCUGGGCAUUCGAACACGACUCCACAGAUCCUGGGCUGCUCGGCGAGCGCGGCCGACGCAAAGAGACACGAACGACGAGAUGGUUUUGGGUUUUGUUAGUUUACUUUUCCGAGUGCCAUCAAAUGUACUUUCGGUGUAGGAAUGACGCCUGCAGAAAACCGAGGUUAGAAGGACGGAAGUAAACGUCCACGACCGCGUGACUGCGAUUCUUUUUGGUUGUUGCCCCAGUGCUCGUCGGCCUCUGGGUGCUUUACGCAUGUCGGAUGUCGGAUGCCGGGUGUUGGGUGUUGGGGUUUCAACCAACUAAACGCGUCCUUAGACUACCGGUCGCUCCGGUGCCGAGAGACGAGUAUCACAUUCCUUUUCCCGUUUGUGGGUGUUUUCAGAGAAUUCCAUAAUUUUUCAUAAUUCCAGUGGGAGAUCUUGUGACAUUUUUCAUCACUUUGUGUGUUUGUAAUCUCCUUAAACCGACAGUUCUCCACAUGUCUUCGACGCUCGUAUCUAAUGUGAGCAAAACUACUCUCCUGAAGCCAACUUGACCCGUCAAAAAAAACUUGGGGCUGCUGUGUUAAUCCGAUAAUUGUUAACCAAAGAAUCAAUUAUUCCACUAAAAUCACGGUAAAAAUGUGUCUGAAUAUCUACUUAUUGGGAAUUAAUUAUUUUGAUAUCAUUAAAUGACCACAAUUCUAGAUGAUUGAGAAACUUGUUUAGCUUUAUAAUGUCUUAUUUUAUUUAGUUUCACUCUAACAGCACUUUCUUACAAAAUGUCGUGAAGAAACCGUGGGUUAAUUUGCUUCAUGCUUAAUCCUGUCUCCUGUUCCAGCUGCUGUACUUGUGUCGGAUGAGUGAGACACGUGUUCAGAUUGUGUUCCCAAUGUUCACUGUGAGAUUUUUUUACUCUAAUUUUGUUAAUAUCUUUGUCCUGAUAUCUACUAAGAGCAACUUUAUUUUAUUGAGAUUUUAUGGGGGAAAGGUUUUAUAUAUAUGAAAUGAAAGCACUGGGAUGUUUUGAACAAACGGUGGAUAUUUGACUCGAGGUGUAGUAAACCGCUGGGUGGGGCUGGACAGGUGGUGUCACAGGCGGGCGGUGCUGUUGUCUCCCUCUAGCAUCUAGUGGGAAGGACUGCCAGCCUGCAGAUGUGUGCUUUCCCCUGAGCUUGCUUCUUCUCUGGUCCCAGAGAGCUCCUCCUCCUCCGUCAGCAUCCGAGGGAACCGGCCGUCCUCCCGUCCUCUGGGACGGUAAACAAUAAGUGUCGGCGCCGCCGUCUCACCAGCGCCUCUCUGGGACAAGAGAAUGCCAAUGAUGUUCUCAAGGUCGGUCUUCACUUGACACUUCUUGUGAGAAUAAUUCCACAUUGCGAUUAAUAUCCUGUUUUAAUCUCCCACAAUGCAAGUGUGUUGUGAAGCGACGGCUACGUUCAGAAUGCAGACGGUAAUGCAGCAGAUUCAGGGGAACUUUUCACGUCCUUUAUCCCCCCAUUCCUCAUCGAGAAAAAGGGGAGUGGCUUUGAGUGUCCCUGUUAAAGCUGGAAAGGCCGUUAUGUGUACACCACUAUAUCUUGUGUCCUAUGUUGUGUUCCUUAUUGUGCUUCUAAAUGGGAAAUAAAUGGUUAAUCCUACCCGUGGUCAUUUCUGCCACCCAGGCUGUCGUGAUGGUUCCACCUGGAUGUUUACUUCUUGGGUGUACAGGUGUGUGUGUUCCUCGGCUUACAUUCGUACAGUAUGUUUUGUAUCGGUUCUGUAAUUGAAAUUAAUCCACUGACCUUUUGAAUUAAAUGCCAAACCAACAGGGCAAAAUAAACAUGUGAAAUCCUA